CGAUACCGGGUUUUAGUCUUCGCCAUAUCACGUGACACAUCCUCACGUGAUUGGGAGUUUUCAAAAUGGCGACUGACAGUCCAGGAUGGGAAUUUGACAAAUUUGAAGACGGUUCUUUAAAAAUUGUUGGAGAGCUUCAGUUGAAGAAGUUUGGUGAUUUCUUAAAAGAGUAUGGAGCCCAGAUCAAAGAUAUAGAGGAUGCCCUCGGGGAAUCUGUUAAUGAUUCCUGGGACAUGACGCUAGACCCUAUCUCGCUGCAGUUCCUGCCCUAUGAACAAACAACACUGUUACACCUGAUCAAAACAGAUAACAAGAUAUUUAACAAGAUAAUUACUGUGCUAGCAUCCCUGUGUGUAGAACUGCAGACAUUGAAACAUGAGGCUGAGAACAAAUUCUACAAUGCCCUCAUGUAUUAUGGGGAGGGAGAACCCGAGGAGGGCCUCCCUGAGGGAGAGGCUCAAAUACAAAUUGGUAGAAUGAUACCUUUAUUGCAGGAGCUGUCAUGUUUUGUAAUGCGGUGUAAUGAAGUUGUGAAAAAUGUUGUUCACCAGUUGUCAUGCUUGUACAGUACAGCCAGGGCUGGACCAAAACUGAUAGAUGUGACAGAUGUGCAUUUCCAGACUGUUUUUGAACAUCUUGGUGAUAUACUGGGUGUACUGAUUACACUGGAUGAGUUGAUACAAACACAUACAACACUUCUCGACCACUGGACACUUUACAAAAGAAUGCUGAAAUCUGUACGACAUGAUCCAGGCAAAUUUUCUACAACAGAUGAGAAGUUACGUCCCUUUGAGAAACUCAUGAUGACCCUGGAAGGGCAGUUACUGGAUGGAAUGAUCUUUCAGAAUUGUGUAGAACAACCAUUUGACAAUCCACAAGUGUUCGUUACAAAAAACACUGUGUUCAUGGAAGAAUUUUCGGUCAACAUCAGAGACUACCUGGCAGAAUUAGAGGCGAGGAUAGGUGAGAACAAUGAGGUUGACCAAAGGUUUAAGUUUGUUGGUGUGUGUGGACUGUAUAUACUACAUUUCCAGUUGUUUAGAGUGACAGACAAAAAAAUCUUCAAAUCACUGUGGGACAUCUAUAAGAAGAUUCCUGCUGUUCAUCUGCUAGGUAAUGUUGUCUGGUUCCCAAACCAGUUUCUUCUUGACAAACUACCACAUAUGGUGAAGGUUCUUGACAAAAAGGCCCAGGCUUCGGUAAAACAGAGUCAAGAAGGCUGGUUGCAACAGAAAAACCAGAUGCUUACUAGGCAGAAGCUAAGUGAAGAAGAUGUACAAGCAUUCCAUGCAACUGUGACAGCAUGGAUGGUGGAGAUGGAGACAAGCUUACCGAGAGGAAAAACUUUGAUGGAAGACUUGCACAGUAGAUCCCUACUCUUAAUACAGGGGUUGUUGUAUGGACAACAGAUCCAGCACCUGGUUAGAACUGUGAUGAACCUUCAUGUUUCUAUGCAGAAACCAAUGACAAAAACUGCUGUACUAGCACUGUGUAAACUCACUGAACUGUUAAAGGCCAUAGAACUAACGUUUCACAGGAAGACUCUGCUCAUCUCAGAACAUGUUCAUCACAUUCUACAGAGAAUCAGCUUUCAGAUUAUGAACUCUAUUGCUACUGCCAAGAAACGUAUUAUAUCAGAUAGGAAAUAUAGUGAGAGAAAACUGGAUGUGUUAUCUUCCCUGGUGCUGGCAGAAACUGCUCUGGCUGGUCCAACAACAAAAGAGAGAAGACUGGUGGCAAGACUUGCACUUGCAUUAGGUACCUGCUCUAAAGUGAGGGCUUUCAAGGAAGAUGAGUUAGCUAGCUUGUAUGAUAAUUUCAGAAGAUUAGAUAUAAUUGCUGACCUGCGAGAAAAAGUUCGUCGAUCAUGUGACUGUAGUUUUCUUUACUUUCACCGUGUCAUCAUUCCAAUCUACCUGACAGAAAUGUUUGAAAGUGUCACGGAUACUCACAGAAUACAUUAUAUUGUUGGUGCUCUGAAGGACUGUGUUGAACCUAUGUUGUGUGUGAGACAUCUCCCUUCACCUCAUGACCUGCUAGAUUCCCUUGACAAAGAAAUAUACAACCAGAUAAAGGAGAACCUUCUGGAUCCAUUAUGUCGAGGUAUAGAAACUGAUCUACGUCUGCAUAUACACUUACAUCUACAGUUAGAUGAUAGAAACCCAUUUAAAGUUGGACUGAAGGAUCUGUCACAGCUGCUCAAGCUCAGACCUAUAAGGCUGUUUGAUAGAUACAUCAAUGUUAAAGCCUAUGUAGAACACUAUUUGAACAAGACCUUCUAUAACCUGACUACAGUGGCCUUACAUGAUUGGAAAACUUACGGAGAAAUGAAGAACAUGGCAGAACAGAAAUAUGGCCUGUCACUCGUUGAUACUCAUCUACCUAGUCAAACACUCGAACAGGGCUUGGAUGUGCUGGAGAUAAUGAGGAACAUCCAUGUGUUUGUAUCCAAAUACCUGUACAAUCUCAAUAACCAGAUAUUUGUUGAGAGGUCUAGCAACAAUAAACAUUUAAACACCAUCAACAUUAGGCAUAUAGCAAAUUCCAUUAGAACUCAUGGAAUUGGUAUAAUGAACACUACUGUGAACUUCACAUACCAGUACCUGAGGAAGAAGUUCUUUAUUUUCUCACAGUUCAUGUAUGAUGAGCAUAUAAAAUCCAGAUUGAUCAAGGACUGGAAAUUUUUCAAAGAAAAUCAUAUGCAGACAGAUCAAAAGUACCCCUAUGAAAGGGCAGAGAAGUUUAACAAAGGAAUCCGGAAGCUAGGUCUGACCCCUGAUGGUGAGAGUUACCUAGACCAAUUCAGGACCCUAAUCACACAAAUAGGCAAUGCUAUGGGUUACAUCAGAAUGAUACGGUCUGGUGGAUUACACUGUUGCAGUAAUGCUAUCAGAUUUAUACCUGAUCUUGAAGACAUAGAGAACUUUGAGAAACUAUGUCAGGAGGAGGGACUCUCUCAGGAAUGUCAAACAGCUGCAAAGAACUUAGAUAAUGUGAUUGGUAACUUGGCCAAAAACUUUGCGGAAGGAACGGAGUACUUUAAGAUGCUGGUUGAUGUGUUUUCACCAGAGUUCAGAAAUCCUAAAAAUAUGCAUCUUAGAAACUUCUUUGUCAUCCUCCCACCACUUACUGUGAAUUUCAUAGAACAUUCCAUAAGUUGUAAGGAGAAAAUGAACAGGAAGAACAAAAUAGGAGCUGCCUUCACAGAUGAUGGUUUUGCAAUGGGUCUAGCAUAUAUCCUGAAGCUGUUGGAUCAGUACCAUGAGUUUGAUUCACUCCAUUGGUUCCAGUCUGUCAGGGACAGAUACUCUAAUGAAAGGGCAAGCCUCCAGAAACAACAGCAAGGUGCUUCUAGCAGGUCUGAUGAAAAACUACAGCAAACUAUGUCAUUGACACAGAAACGUCUUGAUGUGUUCCUCAUGGAAUUUGACUUGCUGUUUUACUCACUAAGCAGCGCGAGGAUAUUUUUCCGAGCGGAUAUGACAGCAGCGGAGGAAGAAAAAGAAGAAAAAGAUAAAGGAGGCAGCAAAGAUGGUACAGAUUCUCAGGCUGGUGCCAGCAAUACAGAGGGAUCAAGUUCAAGUGUUCCAGCUGCAGAUAGUUCUGCUCCGGCGGCUCCACCACCACCACCAGCACCUGAUGGAGCUCCUCCGCCGCCUCCACCACCACCACCACCGCCACCUCCUCCUUUCUAAAGUAGAGGAUGUCACCUUCACCUUACUAAGGAAGAGGACUUGACCUUCACCUUUAUAAGGAUAAUGAUGUGACCUUCACCUUUCUAUGAAAGAUUUGACCUUCACCUUUCAUAUAUUUAUGUUAUGACUUUGUGUAGCUUCUGUCUUCUGCAAUAUGUCUACAUUACUCAUAUGGUGAUACCUGGCAAAACACAAGGACUAGAAAAAAAACAUAUGAUACUGGACAAUUUUCCAUGCCAACGUUUACUCAAGACAUUUAUUGUCAUAACUCAUGUUAACUUUAUCUCACCUGAAGUUAUUCAUACAGUGCAAUCAUGAUGAGUUUUCUUGUCAUUCAUUCACUUGUAAUUUGAGGGAUCAGUAACUGCAUUAUAUAUUUAAUGUAUUGGAAUUAGCUGAUGCAUAACUACAAACGGAGUUUCUGUUUGUGCUAUAAAAACAAUAAACCCUAAAGUCUUUGACACUGUGUGCUAUAAAUACAAUAGUUUUGCUUUUUGAAACCCUAAAGUCUUUGACACUGUUACAGGCUUGCAAACCUGUUGCAAUUUGUUUUGAUUUUAAAAUUUUGUUGAUAAUUAAUGACAUUCAGAUAAUAUUUAUAUAUACAAUAUAUCAAAAUUUAUGUUAUGUAGCAAAUGCUUUUAAGGAAUAAAGAAAAAGCUGUA